UAUUGUUGAUGAGGCGGCCGGAGCGGUCGUAUCGGCCAGAGAAGUCUUACGAGUGUCUCUCGGUGUGUGAGGAUAUACCGUUGAGUGGGGAGGGGAGGGUUGGUUGGCGUUCUUUCUCUCUUCCCUCCCCUUUCAUUAUUAUUACUGUUAUUGAUUUUACCUUGAACUGGACGAGAAUGUCUUCUCACCCGCGCGUGAGGCGCAGUGGGUCUCCAACCUCAGCCACCUCCCUGGGGGGAGGGGGAGCCGCGGCCGUGGUGGCGACCACGGCAGCAGCAGGCGGGGCAUCCAGCACCAACAGCCGACUGCAGCCCAUGCGGGCUACGGUGCCUUUCCAACUCAAGCAGCACGGCAGCCCCACGAGGAGCGGCGGCAUUCCACGCGCGGUGCCUCCGACGACGACAGCACCACCACAGCAACAACAACCGCCGCCGCCUCCUCCACCACCACCUCCUUCCUCGCGCACCGCCAGUCCCACGCGACCAACGCUUGGUAACGGCACCAACGGCGGAGGCGCGCGUGGCGGCAGCACCCAUAACAGCAGCAGUAGCAUUAGUGGCAGUAACGGCCCUGCCGUAGCCACACAGACACCGGCAGGAGCAGGCGGUAGCGGCUGCUGCACCACCUCAGCUGCUCUUCCCCUGCCGCCGCCACCCCCCACUUCCACGCGAGGCAGCCCCACACGCAGUGGCGGGGGUGGGGCACGCGGGAGCCCCCCUCGACUGCACCAGCUGCCGCCGCCACCUCCCCCGCCGCCAUUACCGGGUUCGACCCCCUCGCCUUGCUCUUCCCCCGUUUCGCCGCCUGUGCCCGAGAGCAGCGCCUGUGGCUCCUUCUCCGCCUCUUCCUCGGGGGGAAGGAUCCGGCAUCGUCAGAGGCGGCGGUCGCCAGAGCAAAGCAGGGCCUCUCCAGAGAGGAAGAGCCCUAGUUCGCCUGUUUGUAAAGUUGAUAAACCACGGCCACCAUCAUCAAGCCCUUCCAGUAUUGCUCGAUGUACCCCUUCGCUAGACAUACUUGCUGCUCCAUAUCUUGCAGGACAGUGGCCUCGUGAUAAUCAUGGUCAAGCUGCACCGUGCAUGAGGGACAAAGCCACACAGACUGAGAGUGCUUGGGCUGAAGAAUAUUUGGAAAAGAAGAAAGGAUCUCAUAAGCGCUCAGCAUCUUGGGGUAGCACAGACCAACUCAAAGAGAUUGCCAAGCUGCGCCAGCAACUGCAAAGAAGUAAACACAGCAGCAGGCAUCAUCGGGACAAAGAGAGACAGUCUCCAUUCCAUGGUAAUCAUGCAGCCAUUAACCAAUGCCAGCCUCCAGUCCCAAAGAGUGUGCUAGUUCCUGUGAUACCAAUAACCAAGUCAACAGGAUCGCGUUUCCGUAACAGCAUCGAGGGGUUGAACCAGGAGAUUGAAAUAAUUAUAAAGGAGACAGGAGAGAAAGAGGAACAACUUAUUCCGCAAGAUAUUCCUGAUGGCCAUCGAGCUCCACCUCCCUUGGUGCAGCGCAGCAGCAGCACUCGCAGCAUUGACACACAGACUCCUGGGGGAGCAGAAAAAGGCAGUAACAACAGCAGCAGAUCCCAGUCUGUAUCCCCUAGCUCAUUCCUUGCCAUUUCCAAUGAGGGCAGUGAAGAGAGCCCAUGCUCUGCUGAUGACCUACUUGUGGAUCCCAGAGAUAAAGAGAAUGGAAACAAUUCUCCCCUGCCCAAAUAUGCCACAUCGCCAAAACCCAACAACAGCUAUAUGUUCAAACGUGAACCUCCAGAGGGCUGUGAAAAGGUGAAAGUGUUUGAAGAAAGCUUGCCAAAGCCCUUGCAUGAAAUUCCAGCCUUUUACUGUCCUGACAAGAAUAAAGUAAACUUCAUUCCUAAAAGUGGCUCUGCUUUCUGCCUUGUCAGUAUCCUGAAGCCACUUCUUCCCACCCAAGAUCUUACACUCAAGGGUGCUACUCAUAAUCUGACCGUCACACCUGGUAUGACACCCACAUUACUGCAGCCUAUUGCCAUGGCCUCUCUGUCUGCAACUACAGUCCAAGAGCGUCUCCCUAGCGGAACUAACAAAGUAAUACCACAGAUGUCUGUGCUCCAGCAGUCAAGACACAGUGAAGAAACUGAAGGAUAAACUUGGUUUUCUUAACCUUUGAAAGAACUUCAAGCUGGUUGUGAUUAUGCCUUCCAGAUCACACGUGUUUGCAUCAUGAUUUCUGGCAAUUCCAUAAACAGGUCAUACUCUUAUCUUGAUCUCCAUGACCAUGACUGUUAGGCUGGUGUGAGAUCUAGGAAAAGGAGUUGCAGAGAAACUGCUAUGCUUGUCUUGGGAAGGCUCAACUUCAGUCUCUGGCCUGCACUUUUUUUAAAGCUUUGGUAUAUUUAAGGGAGACAUCCAUAAUCCUUUACAAUUGGGAAGACCAAUUUUUCUGAUGCAUUGGGUUCCAGUUUUAGACUUUGAUUUUGAAGAAGGAAAAAUUCAAGAUAUACCAGCUAUUCCCAGCAAAAGAUCUGCAAGGAAGACACAAGCAAACAACACUGUAAGAUGUAUUAGUUCAUAUGAAAAAUCAUUUACAAAUCUUGAGCUUUUUGAUGCAUAGCAGAAAGCAGGAUGAUCACACUUUUACUGCUACAUAAUUUCGACUGUUGGGACCAAAGGACUGAAACUUCUCAACAUUCUGUCAUGUGACCAUGUUGAUUUCCCUCCUCCCCCCAGAUAAACAUAAUAUCCUUCAGACUAAAAAGAGAAGCAAUAUUGGUACAUUUAUGUGCAUUAGGGUGGGGAAUUAAGCACUCGCAUAGAAGUACUUGUCUGGAAAUAGUGUUUUAGAGCACUUCUGCCAAUAGUGUAAUGAUUUCUUCCUAGUGUUGUGUUUCCGAAUAAUAUUCUUUUCUCCCUCUCCUCAAAAAUGGCAACUAACUGUCACAUCAGUGCCUCUUGGGAUAUCUUGGUUUCUUGUGUCGCUGUCAGAAUCUUGAAUUGCCUUUUGGCUUAUACCCAAUCCUGUCAUGUCUUGCCAUUACUAUAUAAAUGGUGUAGUCAUAUGAUCUUGAAAUGGCCAUGCAUGGUUCUUCCUGCUUGUCAAAGUACUGUUUCGUGAGUCUCUUGAAGGUAAAAGUUUGUCAGGCAUGAUAUUUGUUAAAACAAUUUAUUUCAGUGGAUAUAGUCUCCUUUUUGACUAGCAAUAUUGUUAGGGUGUUACGGUAAGGACCUUUUGAUUCUUUAAUAAUGGUCUGCAGAUGUGACCCAUUUCACUUCUUUUCUGAUAUUUUUUCAGUUGUGAUUAUGUAACACAUUAGGAUGUAGUAUCUGUUACUAAAACUGUUUGUGAAGGGUGCUGAACUAAUCUGGAUACAAAAAUAUAUUUACUGAGAUUUAUUAAAUAGCACGGCAUGAGCUACAGCAGCUGCUUAAAGACCGCAUUUUCAUAUUCCGAAACACCUCAAAAAAUGCAACUUUUCAUGGAAGGUGGGCUAGUAAUUGCAAGGGGAUUGUUAAUAAAGAGUGAUUCAAAAUGAA